AUACAUUCCAUUAUUCCAUUAGCAAGUCCAACAUGUCCUUUCACUUAAGUACCAAGGAGCGGCUCCUUCUUCUUAUAGACGAUAUGGAAUUAAUAUCAAAGGAAUUAAUUGAUAAUCUAAUGCCAAAGCAUCAGAUAAUCAAGUCCUCUACUGCUGAACACACGCACACUGCUUUGGUGGAUCUUUUGGUAGCCAAGGACGAAGAAUUUAGAAAAAUGUUGGAAUUAGCGGAUGAGCAAGCAAAACUUGAACAAAAAAUGGAUGAGUUAAAAGCUAAAGUAGAUGUACAGGACCGCGAAAUACAAAAGCUGCAGAAAUCUCUCAAAGAGGCAGAACAGAUUCUCGCCACAGCUAUAUUCCAAGCCCGUCAAAAGCUUGCAAGCAUUCAUCAGGCCAACAAACGUCCAGUGUCUUCAGAGGAAUUAAUAAAAUAUGCACACAGAAUAAGUUCUGCGAAUGCCGUGAGUGCUCCAAUUACUUGGUGUAUAGGGGACGUACGACGUCCAUACCCAACUGACAUCGAGAUGCGCAAUGGUUUCCUGGGAAAGUCAGAUCUUAACAUUAAUGGUGGUGGUGUAGUUCACCAAAACAAUUUGACCGACAAUCAACGUAGCGUCAAUGAGGUGCCGAACGCCUUCCAGAACCAAUUCAAUUGGACAAAUAUGGGUGAGCUGCAUAUGACAAUGGGCACUUCUGGAAACUCUGUUGCGUUAGAGACACGUUCUCACAAAGAAACAUCUCAGGAUGAUGUUGAAGUCAUGUCCACCGAUAGUUCGAGUUCUAGUUCUAGCGAUUCUCAAUAAACAAUAUAGAAAAAAUAUUUAUUUAUUUAUAGAACGAACCUUAUAAUAUUCCUUCGUUAAUUAGGCAAGCGACGGAGGCCGCAUGACUAUCUUAUCGGUGUACACUGUGCAUUCCUAUAUUCUUGGUAAUUUUGGUUCGAAAUGGUGUAAAAUAUAUUAAAGCUUCCACUUAA